CGUAAAAAACGGGUCAUUAAAACUCUCAGAUUUAUUUCCGGUACUACGUAUUCUCCAAUAUAUCCUGGUGAUGAUAAUACGUUAUUUCGAUUAGUAGAGGGAGAACACGUUUAUUAUACUGUGGAUAAUGGAAUAGGUUCUAAUACUCCAACGAUUCAACUUAAAAUUAAUACGUUUGAGAUAUGA